CUCCGGCGCUCGGUUCUUCUACGAAAAUGGCGGAAGGUGGACCCAAUCCACCGGACUUGGAGACACAAAAAAAUGAAAUCUGUAAUUUAUUAAAGACCCCACUAAGAACCGACGACAUUUGGUAUCUGGUAGACAACAAGUGGUUCAAGCAGUGGAAGAAAUAUGUGGGCUAUGAUACCUGGGACACCGGUGGUAUUGGGGAACAGACAACUCAUCCAGGACCCAUUGACAACUCACCGCUACUUAAAGGAGACAAAAGUGGAGACAUCAAGGAUCACCUGAUUGAUGAAUUGGACUACGUGUUAGUGCCUCAGGAAGCUUGGGACAAGCUGGUUGCCUGGUACGGAGUCACACCAGGACAAGACCCCCUGCCGCGCAAAGUUAUCGAAUAUGGCAUGUUUGUCAAGCACUGCAAGGUGGAGGUAUACUUGCUGGAACUCAAGUUGAGCCAGAGCAACAACCUGGACUCUUGUAUUGUAAAAAAGUUUAGUAAGGUGGACACAAUAGACCACGUGGAAAAGGAGGCUCGGGCACUGUUCAAAGUUCCCCCCGAAAAAGAGUCUCGAUUAUGGAACCGGUGUGGCAGCAACAUGUACGACCUCUUGGAAGACAGAACGCGCACUGUUCAAGAUGCUGGUCUGUACCAAGGACAAGUACUUGUUAUUGAAGUGAGGAAUGAUGAUGGAACUUGGCCACGACAGUCAAAAAGCAGCAGUACAUCACUCAACUACAACGCUGCCUCAAGCGGCCGUGGAGGAGAUUCAAAGAGUUACAGUGCACCGUCGAGUACGAUAGCCACACGAAGCUAUAGCUCUAUGGGUGGCAACUACAGCGGGAACUGCAAUUACGACACCCAUGGGACUUCGAGCAACACAACACCUGGCCUUUGUGGCCUGAACAAUUUAGGAAAUACGUGCUUUAUGAAUUCUGCACUUCAGUGCAUGAGCAACACCCCUCUCUUAACGGACUACUUUAUUGAUGAUCGCUACCUUGCGGAGUUGAACAACAGCAAUCCACUGGGCAUGAAGGGCGAGAUUGCAAAGUCCUACGCAGAACUUAUAAAGGUGAUGUGGUCAGGCAAUUACACCAGCACAGCACCCCGUUCCUUCAAGAUGGCAGUUGGCCGCUUUGCCCCUCAGUUCUCCGGCUUCCAGCAGCAGGAUUGCCAGGAGCUGAUGGCCUUCCUCUUAGACGGACUACACGAAGACCUAAACAGGGUCCUCAACAAGCCGUACAUUGAGAUCAAGGAUUCCGAUGGGCGGCCGGACGAAGUGGUGGCCCAGGAGGCCUGGAUGAACUACCUCAUGCGCAACAACUCCAUCAUAGUGGACAUCUUCCACGGGCUGCUCAAGUCGACGCUUGUGUGUCCCGACUGCAGCAAGCUUUCGGUGACCUUUGACCCCUUCUGCUACCUCUCGCUGCCCCUGCCCACUAAGAAGGAGAAGCUGCUCGAGCUAGUUCUCAUAUGGGCGAAUCCACUGGAGAAGCCCCUCAAGAUGAAGGUGACUGUCUCCAAAAUGAGCACAAUCCAAGAUGUCUGUAGUGCCGUCGCGAGGCUUGUCGACGUGGCACCAGAUAAGCUACUUGUGACAGAAGUGUACAAUCAUCGGUUUGUGAAAAUCCUUCAGAAUACGGAUCAAGUGGACUCCUUAGAGCGAAUGGACGUUUAUGUCUACGAGCUACCGUUCCCCCUCAGUCAGAACAACUCAUCCGUCGUACUCCCUGUCUAUAUGCGGGAAAAGAGGAUACACUACCAGUCGAACAACUGCUCUGCUCCUGUGUACCAGCUUUUCAGCUUCCCGUUCUUUGUAACCGUGCCUGCCAAGGAUUGCACAUACGACAUGCUCUAUAACAUCAUCCUCAAGUCUUUAGCGAGGUAUGUGACUGUUCCAAAUCCAGAGGAAGAUGGAUGGUGUGAGGAAAAUUCUGAACAGCAAAAUGGAGCAGGAAUAUCACUUGAUGAGGAGGUGAACGACAUAGAUGGAGAGUAUGAUCGGGACGUCAUGGCUCCAGCAGACAAUUCCAAGGAUGCCACUUCCCCCAAGAAGGGCACGGCUGCUGCUGCGGGGUCACGCCUCUUCACUCUACAGUGCGUCAAUGAGAAUGGUUCUAUGAACAUGGAAUCCCUGGCUGACAGUUCUCACCCCUUGAAGUUGGGCGGCAGGGUGUACCUGGCUGCGGAUUGGCACUCGAAAGCUCGCAGCCGCUUCUUCGACGGGGCCAAGGCGGAGGAAGUGGAGUUGCAUGAGUCUGUGCAUCAAAGGGCAGGUCACCCGAAGAAGUCGUGCAUUCAGUUGCGUGAGUGCCUUGAACUCUUCACCACCACUGAGAAGUUGGGUGCAGAUGACCCCUGGUACUGUCCCACGUGUCGACGUCACCAGCAGGCCACCAAGAAGUUUGACCUGUGGAGCUUGCCCCAAGUGCUCAUCAUUCACCUCAAGCGCUUUUUCUACAACAGAUUUUGGCGUGAUAAGAUUGACACGCUCGUCGAAUUUCCAAUCACCAACCUGAAGAUGCAGGAUUACAUUAUCAAUCCCAAGCACGAGCCUGCAGUCUACGACCUGAUAGCUGUUGCCAACCAUUAUGGUGGUAUGGGAGGUGGACAUUAUACAGCAUACGCUAAGAACAAGGUGACUCAGCAGUGGUAUUAUUUUGAUGACAGCAAUGUCUCGCCGUCAACAGAAGAGAAUGUAGUGUCUAAAGCAGCUUACGUUCUGUUCUACGCACGACGAGGGGACUCCAAGGGAAGGAAUGCACACCCCAACCAGACAGCCGACGGACAUGCGGCAAAGUCGCAAGCGGACGAGAGCAUGGACAUCAGUUAGGAGACGGAGGAAACCGGUACGUCGAGCUCACGUAGACGACGGGAACGGCGACGGAACGUUCCUCGUAAAAGAAAAGCCCUGUCAGGUCAUGACGCAAGUAGAAAGUGCAUAUCCAGGUAAUCGCGACACGCUGUGACGGCGCGAGCAGGAAUGGAUGGAUGGAUGUCCCUCGGCAGUAAUCGUCAGUUGUGAGCUUCAGCAAUGGGUGCCGGUUCCUCAGUAUUUUUUCAAAUUUGUUUUACUCUGAAGCAUGUAUAAAAUCAGGAAAUUUCCUUCCCUCCAUUUUGACCCCUUUUGCGCAGCAUCAGUGAAGUGGACAGUUUUGGUGCAGAUUUCUUGUUUUGGACUGCGGCGACUGGUGAAUGCGUGCAGGCAUCUUCGGAGGUCCCGAUCAGAAGUGGAAGAAAUGUUAAUAAAACAAUGUGCUGUCCUAGUUCUUUGACAUUUGUAUGCUUGUGAAAAAAAGAAAGCUCUUUGGGGCUUCUGUUUGCCUUUUUGUCUCUGUGACCUUCUUUCUGAUCAAAGUGAAAUUUAGAACAGAGUUCCUGAGAAGUAAAAAAAAAACUGUUGUAAAAAUUGAGAAGAUUAAGUUGGGUUUAGGAGCAGUCUAAAUUAUUUGGCCUGCAGUGAUGAACUGUCUGUCACAAUCUAAUUUUCUGUUUCAAUCCAGAAGAUCCGUAAUAAAUUAAAUUAUAGCAGCUGCAUUGUCAACACUGGCUAGGUGUAAAAUUUGGGUGUGCUUCACAAAUUUUGCUCACGGGAUCAAAGGUAGCAAGUGUGAGAAUGCAAUCGUUCACUUUUUCUGCUACUUCCUGUUUGAAGUAUUCCGUUCACGUGGUACGAGCAGAAUUAUGCACAAAUUAUCGCGAUGUUUUGAUUUUUCAUGGAUGCGUGUGAGAACAUACUAUUUUGACAGUUUGGAUAGAAAAAAAAAACAGCUAUUGGUUCUGCACCACCUUCUGUUGUAAUAUUGUGCAGAUUUUGCUACAGUGUGAUAAUGUCAUUUUUAUGACAUCAAUAAAAGGUGACAGAAAAUA